CUUCAGGGGAGUGUCGGCUUCUCUUACAAUCUCUAAACUAUAGGGUGCUCACUCUAUUCCUUUUCAAAGAGCUCUUUAUUUCCUUCAGAGUUACUGGGCCAGACUUCACUUUAGGAUUAUCCUUAAUGUCAUACAAAGAUUUGGUGAAAAGCUGGCAUGAAGCUGUCCAAGCUUUGGAUAGGGAAGACUGGGGUUUGGCCCUGGAACUAUUCUCCGGAAUUGAAGAGCCUUUUGCCAAGAUAUGCUUCAACAUGGGCUGUGUGCAUCUGCUGACAGGGAAUCCAGAGGCAGCCCUUCUGGCAUUAGAUCAAACAGUGACUAAGGACUCUUGUCUGGCUGUUGGAUUCUUCCUGAGAGGAGAGGUUCACUUUCAUCUAGAAAGGUUUCCAGAAGCUCUUUCUGAUUAUGCCAUGGCCUUGGCCAACCUGAGAAACAAUACCUUCAUUGACUAUAAGCAACUGGGUCUUCGGUACAAAUUACAGACUUGGGAGGUGUUGUACAAUAUGGCAGCUGUUCAGUGCCGUUUGGGACUUUGGGAAGAAGCCAUCAGAAGCUUAGAAAAGGCCAUCUCCAGGAGACCAGAAGGGAGUUCAGCCCCUCUAGAAGCUGCUGCAGAGCAGGUACAGAAACGAAUAUUUCUGGAUCUUCUGCAAUUUCCCAAGGGUGAGAUCUUUCGUCCCCCAAAGAAGGAUGUAGAACAACUACAUGCAAAGGAUUUCCUGGGGAAGCCCAAGGUCAUUUCAUCUGUUAAUCCUAAUGACAAAUACAUUGGUUUUGAGCCUCUCAGACCACAGGAAAGUCACAGUGGAAUCCCAUUUUCAUCCACAAAAGGACCUCAUAAAAGGCCCCAUUUAAACCAAGUUGGUAAACCAGUUUCUCCACUUCAAGGAUUCCCUCAUCCUGAAGGGAUUGGCAAGGGUUCCACAGUAUGUCCUGAAAUAUCGGUCCCAUCAAUCCAGGGAGAGGUGUCCAGCAGCCCAGACACAUCCAUCAACCUCAGUGUGCAAUGUACUUUCACCAUGAACCUGGAGGUGGAAAGGGGAGCAUCUGUGCCUGUCCUCAGAGCCCUGUUGAAAGACAAACUCCUGCAGCAAUUAGAAUGUGCACAGCUCAGUUAUAGCCAUCAGGACAGUGAGAGCUUUGUUCCUAUUUCUGGGGAAGAGGCAUGUAAAAAGAUGUGGCAUGAAGCAGCAGCAGACAGAAGACUGAGACUCCACUGCCAGGGAACAGAGUGCUGUGGAGGGCGACGUGUGCUCUAUCAAAUGGUUGCUCAGUACAGCUACUCUGCAAAGGGACCUGAAGACCUAGAGUUCCAGAAAGGAGAUACUCUGGACAUUCUCUCUGAAGUGAAUGAUGAGUGGCUAGAGGGCCAUUGCUCAGGUCACAUUGGCAUUUUUCCCAAGUGUUUUGCUCAGAUGGUGAGUGUGACCAAAGAGGAACCUCCUAUUGAACCACCCAUGAUUUACAGCUUCUGAAGCCUUCCCUAGGAGAACCAGCACCAGGAAGUGAACAAGGAACAUGAUCCUUGCCGUCAUUGGAGUUCCCAUUUCCCUAGUCAGAGUGUUCCCCAGAAGUCAUUCCCCAGAAGUCCCAUUUACAUAAAGAUUCCCCCAGAAAAGUCUCUGCACUUAGUUUCAAUAACUCAAAACUGCAUCAAGAUCCUUGGGACACCCUGAGUGUGCACCACAACAAUGUUAACAAUCCAGUAUGUGCUACAGUGAAAAGAUUGGCAUAUUUUGUAAUCUUUUGCUAAUAAAUGGUCAUCUAGAUUUUUACUCUAA